UUUAGAGUCGGUUCAAUGUUACAAGCUAACGAAACUGUUACGAAGACAGGAUGCGAGGGGGGCCCGAGGAAGAGGCGGCCGAGAGGAAACGGUGGAUCGAGGCGGAGCAGAAGAAAAUCAAUGAUAGCGUGCUCGCCCUGAUAAACAAAAGGAAGCAGUGCAAACCGGUCGAGACGUCCGAAAAGGAGGCGGAGGAUAAGAAAAGGACGAAGGAGGACGAAGAAGUAGCCACGACCACGGUUGUCUGCACGAGCGACGAACUGCUCACUCUGGAGAGGAAGAAAAAGUUGGAGGUGUCCUCAUCCUCCGACAGCUCCUCCGCGUCCUCGUCGUCGGGCGAAGAGGAGGAUGACGCGGCGACGCAAAAAUCGAGGAUCGAGGAAAGCGGCGGCGGAGGAGGGACGGCGGAGGAAGGGGGGGAAGAAGCUUCUUCGCCCGAUCGAGGCGACGAAAUUUUGUUACCCUGGAAAACUCAGGUUCCCGCUCGUAGGAGCGUUAAAAAGUUGGUGGAGGUGAUAGAGGAGGACGCGAAGGAAUUCGUGGCCGGCGAUACGAUGGGAAUUUUGGAAGAACGAAAUGGAAAGAUCGAUGAUCCACCGACGAUCGAUCGCGAGAUGAUUGCAGGGAACGAGAACGAGAUCAUUCCAUCCUGUUCCGAGGAGGAAGGAAAGUUUAAAAGUGUCUCGGUUUCUUGCAACAUUUUGAACACGAGGAGCGAUGAGAGGAGGAGGGAGGAUAACGUCGAAUAUCCGUCCAAAGAUAUCCUCGACAAUUAUCGAAGAAAGGACGAUCCGCAUCCUUUGAGCGGGCAGUUGAGCAGUAUCAGGGAGGACAUGAAGGAGUUCUGCGUCGAAAUGGACAAAUUCGUGGAGAGGAACAAGUUUGUGGUCAAAGAUAGCGAUAAAACGAAAAAGGGGGAGUCGUCGGUGGGCGAGGAGAAAGAUUCGUGCAAAUGGUGGGACACGAAGGAGAGGAAGUUGAAGGUGAAAGAGAUCUUGAGGCAGAGAGAGGAAGCGGAGAGAUCGAAAAUUGUCAAGAGGGUCGAAAUUGUCGAGGUUGAUAAAGAAGAAGAAAAAGAAGAGGAAAAAGGAGAAGAAGAAGAAGAAGAAGAAGAAGCUUCGAGGAAUGUUAAAGAAGUGGUUAAAGACGAGAAGAACGUUCCAUCUUGCCAAGGUGUGUACGAUCUGUUGAAUCUGAAGAAGUGUCCUGAAAUUUUGUUGAAGGAUGUGAAAGCUCGGGUUAAAACCGACGAAGACGAUGCUGCCACGUUGAAAUGCGAAUCCGUUAAAAACGACAACAGCAAGGAUCGCCUCUCGGGAUUGUACAAUUCGUUGUUCAACGAGAUGAAUUAUAGAAGCGGGGUCGAGAAAAAUCGAUCGAGGAAAUCGCUCAGUUCCCAAGAAUUGUUGACGUUGGAGAAAAUAGACGAAACAGCCGAGGAAACAACGCGGUCCGCGAGUUGUAUCGACAUAAUUUCCUCGGAUGUUGAUAAUUCAGAGAUGAUCAGCGUUAAGAGCGAGCCUGUUGGUAUAAAAAUCGUGGAAGCAAGCAACGUGACCGCCCUAAAUUCCACCGACGACGAGGUGUCGGACAGCGAGUCUGUUAAAACGAUAAUUAACAAUUACGAUAAGCCGAGAGGAAUAUACGAAGAGGUGAACGCGAGUACGAGCCAGGAUAUGCCAGGGGAGCGAGGGGAAAAUAAUUGUGGAUGGGACAAGCCUGAUAAUGCGAAGAAAAUUGUCGAAGAUAACGAUGAGAUCCAAUCGUCGGAGGAGAAGGAAUCCGCCAAGGUGUCCUCUUCCACGAAUAUCGUCGAAAAAUCUUCCAAAUCGCACAAAAGAUCGCGCGACUGCGAAUGCCAAGACGUGGCCAGUAAAAAGUUCCACUUGAUCGAGGAGAUGGAAAUGCAAGAAAAUGCAACAGGCAGCGAAAAGAUGGUGGAUGGAAUAUCUGAAAAAUGUAAACGGCAUUUCAUAAAAGAGGCAAGGGAGUUCGUGAAGAAGGAAUCGCCUCUGAUAGAUCGGUGCAUACAGGAUUUGAUAAGUAAAAAAUCGAAGGGGAAUUGGGAUUUGAAGAAUAAUCAAGAGGAAUUUUUAACUUGUACAGCUUUGAACAUCGCCACCUCCGACAUAUUUUCAAACAAAAGUUGGGAGAAUUCGGAUAAGAGAGUCGGGUCAACGUCGAACGAGCAACAUCGAGCGAUGGAGGCGAAAAAAUUGUUCGACGUUCAAAAUUCUGAAGAUAAACCAGAAAUUGGAGAUUCAUCGAUCGACAAACAAGUUGAUAUAAAAUCGGUCGAUCAUCUUUUGAAGCAAUCCUCAAUUGCCGAAAAGCAGUCGAAAAUGUGCACGGAUCUGUACAAACAAUUCUGCAAACAUCUGGAAGAGAUAGACAGUAAGAGAAAGCUUUUGAUCGAGCCGGACUUCAUGAAAAAAAAUAAAUCGGAUCACGAGGAAAAGAAACGUGACGUUCUAUCGCCAAGGGAGACCAAACAGUCGAAAGAGGAACAAACAAAAUCAUUGAUCGAGGUAAUUUCGGAGGACGCGACCACGAGCGUGGAGGAACUCGAAGUUGACAAGUUAGUUUUCGAUUCUGAUCCUGUGAUGGAUGCAGAGUUGAAAGAUAAAAUAUUAAAAACAAUUAAUACUCCGAAAAGCGAGGAGGAGAGAGAAAAGGGAAAGAGAUCGGCCGAUAAGUUGAUGAAGAUUUCCAGGGAAGCUAUGGCCAAGGGGAAAUCCUUGCUCGACCCAUCUUUCCCUAUCUGCGGUCAGAAAAACUAUUUCAAGGACAGUAGGAGAUUUUUCAUGAAUUUGCUGGAGGAUGAUUUUUCUUCCUCGGAAAAAGACGAGGAUCCAACGAAGAAUAUCGACGAAACGGAAUCGAUCAUGUUCAGAGAGAAUUCAGUUGCAUUGAUAGAAGAAAUAGAGAAAUUAUCGUCGAUCGAAGAUAACGGUAUACAGGGUAAUAAUGUUGUUGAUAUUGGAAAAGAAAACGUUACGAUUAUUUCAGAGAACUCUGUGAUGAAAAUAGAAGAAAUCGAGAAAUUAUCACCGACCGAAGGCAACAGUAUUCAAGAUGGUGAAAUUCUCGAUAUGGAAAAAGAAAACGUGAACAGAGUGAGGAAAAGUUUGGAGAUGCAGAUUGUUCAAGGAAACUGAACAGGGAGGGGAGGAAAAAGCUGGAGGGGAAAAACAAAUUUUGACGAGAUAUUAGCAUUUAAAAAAAAUCUAAAGAUAAUUCUAAAAAAAAAAAAAGAAAAAAAAAAACUUCGUAAUAUCGUGAAAAAAAAUCCUAGUUGUAUAAGUUAAGUUGUAUCACUGUAUUUUUCUUUCGUUUGUAAUUCUCGAAUAAACGAAUUAAGUUUCCAUUUAUUAUCGGAUCGA